UGCGCCAACCCUGGCUCCUCCCACACUCCCGGAGCCUUAAGCCCCGCCUCGCCACCGCGGCCCGGUAGCCCAGGCCUGCCCCGGAUAGUGUAACAUGGGUUCCUCCAGCUCCACGGCUCUGGCUCGCCUCGGCCUCCCUGGGCAGCCGCGGUCCACCUGGCUCGGCGUCGCCGCGCUGGGACUGGCUGCGGUGGCGCUGGGGACCGCAGCUUGGCGUCGCACGCGUCCCCGGCGGCGCCGGCAGCUGCAGCAGGUGGGCACGGUGUCGAAGGUUUGGAUCUACCCGAUCAAGUCCUGCAAGGGGGUGUCGGUGUGUGACACCGAGUGCACCGACAUGGGGCUGCGCUGCGGCAAAGUGCGCGACAGGUUCUGGAUGGUGGUGAAGGAGGACGGACACAUGAUCACUGCCCGCCAGGAGCCUCGCCUUGUGCUGGUCUCCAUCACCCUGGAGAACAAUUACCUGACGCUGGAAGCUCCAGGCAUGGAGCAGAUAGUUCUGCCUAUCAAGCUCCCUUCUUCAAAUAAGAUCCACGACUGCAGGCUAUUUGGUCUCGACAUUAAAGGCAGAGAUUGUGGCGAUGAGGUAGCCCAGUGGUUCACCAACUACCUGAAGACUCAAGCCUACAGGUUGGUUCAGUUUGAUACCAGCAUGAAAGGAAGAACAACGAAGAACCUUUACCCUUCUGAAAGCUACCUUCAGAACUACGAGAUAGCCUACCCGGACUGCAGCCCUGUCCACCUGAUUUCUGAAGCCUCCUUAGUCGAUCUCAACACCAGGCUGAAGAAGAAAGUGAAGAUGGAACAUUUCAGGCCAAACAUCGUGGUGUCAGGCUGCGAGGCUUUCGAGGAGGAUACUUGGGAUGAACUCCUGAUUGGUGACGUAGAGAUGAAAAGGGUGUUGAGCUGUCCCAGGUGCGUUCUGACUACAGUGGACCCAGACACCGGCAUCAUAGACAGGAAGGAACCGCUGGAGACCCUGAAGAGCUAUCGCCUGUGUGAUCCUUCUGUGAAGAGUAUAUACCAGUCAUCUCCACUUUUUGGGAUGUAUUUCUCAGUGGAGAAGCUUGGGAGCCUGAGAGUGGGUGACCCUGUGUAUCGGAUGGUGGAUUAGUGGAUCCCAUGGCCGACAUGGUCCUCUCAACCCUGAACCCUGCAGACACAAGCAGAACCCUCAACUUGUCGGAAUGAGGAGUCACUGGAAGACCGUCCCUUGAAGAUUCUAAACAGCUCUUCUUUCCGAACCUAUUACCCACCCCGAAGCACUGUUCUUGUUUGUUUUUAUUUUAUGUGUAUGUGUAUGUGUAUGUAUGUAUCUUGCCUGUAUACCUGCAUGUGUACUGUAUACACGCAGUACUUGCAGAGACCAGAGGAGGGCGAUGGAUUCCAUGGAACUUGAGUUACAGAUGGUUGUGAGCUGCUAUGGACUCUGGGAGCCUAACCCAGGUCCUCUGUAAGAGCAGCCAAUGCUCUUAAACCUCCCCAGCUCCGAUUUCCUAGGUUUUAAACUCACCUCAGAGCCCAAACUUUUGAUUGAGACUUUUCUCUGUACUUCUUUCCUGGGAUUCUCACAUGUGGUCAUCUCUCUGUGGCUUUGCCCCUGCCCACAUGACUGACCAUUCAUGUCAACUAGGGGUAACAGCAGACACACUGGGGUUCAUCCUUAGCUCCGAGUCUCUAUGGAUUAUAAAUAGGACGUAAAGGUUGUCCUCACCACAACACUUAAUAAAAGUUAUUUUUGGUAUUAGUUCAUUAUAUCAGAAACAGGGUUAGGGUUAGGGUUAGGCACAUAUCAGCCAUGUUUCUCUUUUGUCCUUUGUACUGUUGCAUAGACUUAGGGACCAUUGAGGUAUACAUGUAAGACAGGAAAUGAGCAAAAGGAACCAAAGCCCAGAGACCACUCCGCAUGACGAAGUUCAAAUAGAGCAUAUGUUUUAAGCAGCCCCUAAUGCAUCUACAAGGACUUAUUAAUGACAAGGAGUACGGAAAAACUACAUCCUGGUUGGCAGUUGCCGGGGCAAACGAGCAAGCAGGUUAGCAAGCCAAGAACACGCAGUUAGCUGGGGCAUUUUGACCCUGCGUUUCCAGAACAGGGUUGGGUGCUUUCCCGAGGGACUUUUUAGGCCAAGGGGUAGAAACCAAAAUGGCUUCAGCUGAGACAGGAUGGAGAAACCGUACCCUGUUACAGCUACCUGCUGUAAUGAGCUUGUCCUCAUACUCCUUGCUCCUGUUUUUCUGAGACAGCCCUGGCUGUCCUGGAACUCACUCUGUAGACCAGGCUGGCCUUGAACUCAGAGAUCUGUUUGCCUUUCUGCCUCCUGAGUGCCGGGAUUAAAUUCAGGUCCAUCACACCCA